AUGGCAUCAUCUUUGAAUGUAGUCGUUUGUUGGUGUUGGUUGCUCCUUAUUACAUUGUCAUACUACUCGUACGCCAAUACAAUCAAUCCGGUAUCGCGCACCAAGCACCCGAAUAAACCAAAGCACCCAAAACGCCCAAAACAUGACAAAAACCACCCGCAGCCUCCUCCAUUUGGUCCUGGUCCAUGGAAGAAUGCGCAUGCAACUUUCUAUGGAGGCACCGAUGGAACCGAGUCAAUGGGGGGAGCAUGUGGUUACGAGGACGUGAAACAGAGAGGAUAUGGUGUACAAAACACAGCAUUGAGUCAAGCUUUAUUUAACAACGGCCAAACAUGUGGUGCUUGUUUUGAAAUCAAGUGUGUUAACAACAACAAAUGGUGCAAGCCCAACAGUCCGCCGCUCAUUGUUACCGCGACAAACUAUUGCCCACCGAACUUCAAUCAACCGAGUAACAAUGGUGGCUGGUGUAACCCCCCAAACGAGCAUUUCGACUUGUCUCAGCCAUCGUUUCUUCAGAUAGCCGAAUACAAGGCUGGCAUUACUCCUGUUCAAUACCGAAGGGUACCAUGCUCAAAACAAGGAGGAAUAAGAUUCACAAUAACCGGGAAUCCUUAUUUCAAUAUGGUAUUAGUAUGGAACGUUGGCGGAGCAGGGGAUGUAACUGGUGUUGAAAUAAAGGGACAUGAUCAAGGUGCUAAAUGGAAUACAAUGAGUAGAAAUUGGGGCCAGAAGUGGGUUACUAAUGUUGUUUUAGUUGGUCAAUCACUCAGUUUUCGGGUUCGUACUAGCGAUUCUCGAACCAUUACUUCCUUGAAUAUUGCCCCUAGAAAUUGGCAGUUUGGCCAAACCUACGAAGGAAAGAAUUUCUAGUAAAUUAGCAUCAUAGACACCGUGAAUAUUGACUUAUAAUGCGGUUUUAUUAAUAUACUUCUUUAGAAUUCUAU